GAUGUCAGCGGCGGGCGGGCGCUCAGCCAUGGUGUGAGGGCAGGGACUGAGCCGGCCCGGCCCGGCCCGGCUCGGCGGCGGCAGCAGCACCAUGUCGGGCCCGAGCGCCGUGUCGGACCCGCAGCACCCGGCGCGGCUGCUGCGGGCGCUCAGCUCGUUCCGGGAGGAGACGCGGUUCUGCGACGCGCACCUGGUGCUGGAGGGCGAGGAGAUCCCGGUGCAGAAGAACAUCCUGGCGGCCGCCAGCCCCUACAUCAGAACAAAAUUGAAUUACAAUCCUCCAAAGGAUGAUGGCUCAACAUACAAGAUUGAACUCGAAGGGAUAUCUGUUGAUAUAAUGAAAGAGAUACUAGACUACAUCUUCAGUGGGCAGAUCAGGCUAAAUGAAGAAACUAUCCAAGAUGUGGUACAGGCAGCUGAUCUCCUGCUGCUUACAGACUUAAAAACUCUCUGCUGUGAGUUUUUAGAAGGUUGCAUAGCUGCUGAGAACUGUAUUGGUAUUCGGGACUUUGCACUGCACUAUUGUUUGCAUCAUGUUCACUACCUUGCCUCAGAGUAUCUGGAAACUCACUUUCGAGAUGUCAGCAGCACAGAGGAAUUCUUGGAACUGACUCCUCAAAAACUGAAAGAAGUGCUGUCGAUGGAAAAGCUCAAUGUUGGAAACGAAAGAUACGUCUUUGAAGCGGUGAUUAGGUGGAUUUCUCAUGAUUCAGAUUCCAGAAAGGUCCACAUGAAGGAUGUGAUGUCGGCAGUGUGGGUGUCGGGGCUGGACGCGGCGUAUCUGCGCGAGCAGAUGAUGAGCGAGCCGCUGGUCCGAGAGAUCGUCAAGGAGUGCAACAACAUCCCCCUGACACCCCCGCAGCAGGGAGAGGCCAUGCUGGCCUCCUUCAAGCCCCGGGGCUACUCCGAGUGCAUCGUGACUGUUGGGGGCGAAGAGAGAGUAUCACGGAAACCAACCUCAGUGAUGCGGUGUAUGUGUCCUCUUUAUGAUCCCAAUAGACAGCUCUGGAUUGAACUUGCUCCUAUGAGUAUUCCAAGGAUCAAUCAUGGAGUAUUGUCAGCAGAAGGAUUUUUAUUUGUGCUUGGUGGUCAGGAUGAAAACAAGGGAACGCUAAGCUCUGGAGAGAAAUAUGAUCCAGACACCAAUUCAUGGAGUUCCUUACCACCAAUGCAUGAGGCACGACACAAUUUUGGUGUGGUAGAGAUUGAUGGGAUUCUGUAUAUUCUGGGAGGUGAGGAUGGUGAAAGGGAGCUGAUCUCUAUGGAGAGCUAUGAUAUUUAUAGCCGGACCUGGACCAAGCAGCCAGACUUGACCAUGGUUAGAAAGAUUGGCUGCUAUGCAGCUAUGAAGAAGAAAAUCUAUGCAAUGGGUGGAGGCUCCUAUGGAAAACUCUUUGAAUCUGUGGAGUGUUACGACCCCAGGACUCAGCAGUGGACAGCAAUCUGUCCUCUCAAAGAGAGGAGAUUUGGGGCAGUGGCCUGUGGAGUUGCCUCUGAGCUUUAUGUAUUUGGUGGGGUCAGGAGUCGUGACGACAGCCAAGCCAGCGAGAUGGUGACAUGCAAAUCAGAAUUUUAUCAUGAUGAGUUUAAAAGGUGGAUUUAUCUAAAUGACCAGAAUUUAUGUAUCCCAACUAGCUCUUCUUUUGUGUAUGGAGCUGUGCCCAUCGGAGCCAGCAUAUACGUGAUUGGAGAUCUCGAUACAGGUACAAACUAUGACUAUGUUAGGGAAUUUAAGAGAAGCACGGGCACCUGGCAGCGCACGAAGCCGCUGUUCCCCUCAGACCUGCGCCGGACGGGCUGCGCAGCGCUGCGGAUCGCCAACUGCAAACUCUUCCGGCUGCAGCUGCAGCAGGGAUUGUUCCGCAUCCGCGUCCCUUCGCCGUGAUCCGUGCGCUGCCAGGGGAGGAGACUGGAAGAGUUCUGUGCAGUCCACCAUAAUCUAGCUCUAUUUAAAGGAAAAGCUGAGAAAUUACAGCUGAAAAUUACACUGUAUGCUGUGCUUUGGUAUGGUAACUGUUUUUGUUUUAAAUGCUUACAAAGCUUGAGUCUCAGUACUUGUUUCGGGAACAAAUAACUUAAGUACACAUUAAAGAGGAGAGAAGGGGGAAAAUAAAAGGGGAGAUCAAGGAAACACCUUCAGUCAUAACCAUUUGGAUUUUAAACCUUGUUAUUGGAGUAGGAUUUUUGUGUGUGAAACUGGUGGGAAUCAGUUUCCUUUGGCGAAGCUUAUUGAAAAGCAAAAACAAAACAAAAAAAUGCUUUCAGGUGCAUUUCCCCUGCGGGGAACUGAUAUGAAUCCAUGUGCUAUCUGGAACUGGAUAGCUGUAGUACACAGAAGCUACAUGAUAACCAACCUCCCUGCUGUGCUGCUGUUGGAGCCUGAGGCCACAGGAGGUGUUGGUCGUUGCACCUUUUAUUUCUAGUCCUUUCUCAAAAGAUAAGGUCUGUGCCUAAAAAGUGGUGGAGGUGUGUACAUAUGGUUUUUCAUUAAUUUGCAACGGUUUCAUUCUGACAAAUAUUUUUAAUAUAUUUAAAAUGGACUAAUCUGAAAUGGAUACACCCCAGGAAAUGGAUACAGUACACCACAAAGAAGUAAACAGUUUUUUCCCUACGCUGUCAUUCGAGUAGCCUGACAAACUGGUCUGCAGGUGGGUGGCAUGCGCUUCUAGGUGGGCUUUGGUGGCUGUUUUCCUUGAAGUGAAAAGGGAAGACAUGUUUGGAACAGUUAGUGAUGAUUGCUGCUUUUGGUAAGAGCAAAAGGACAAACUAAAUAGAUUGUGUUCCUUUUUACUUCAGAUCGCUUGCAAGCUAAGAAUGGUUUUUAAGACUGAGGAUUGUAGAAAGGUGUAUUUUAUGUCUCUUACAACAAAAGUGAAAUAUGACAAGGUUAUAUUUAUUUUGCAGAAAACAUGGGGUUUGAACUAAGAAUUAAGGAAAAAUUGUACAGUGACUUUAAAUUGGGAUCAAAAGUUGGUUUACUAAUGAUUUCUGUGCUACAGUACAGUCUUGUUUACUGCUGUCUGACUUUGGAAGCUGGGUUUUAUGGUGUGGUUAUAGUGAAGAACUUAGUAUCUUGCAUUUUAUUUCUUACUAAGCCUUGUUCACAUCAGUAGUGAUAUUUAAUUGACUUUUGUUUGUAGUCAAGAUCAGCUGAUAGAACAGUUUUACCUCAAUUUUUGAUUUCAUUGUUGUUGUGAUGGGUGGGACAUAACCUGUAUUUAUUUAAAAGGAAUAAACUGGGAGAGAUGGAAAAUAGAAAUAAUACCUCCUGCCCUUCAGAAAAAGAGACUUUGUACAACCAGUAUUAUAACUACAUACAAGACUAUCCAAUCUGCAACUUUGUGGACCUCAGACAAGCCAAACUCUGCCCUCAGUUGUGUUAGUGUAAACCUUCCUCAUCUUUAUUGAAAUAAUUUUACAUAUGUUGAAAUAUGAUCCCAAACUAGGUCAAAAUAUUGGUAUUUCACUAAAUAGUCUUUGAAGAGCCAUUCUGAAACUUACUUCUGCUCAGUCCUUCCAUAGCACUGAUGUGGGGUUGGAAUUACUCUGAUUCCUGAGCAGAGGAGUGUGGGAGGGUGAGGAAAAGGGCAGCAGCCAACCCACUGACCUUUUUUUUUAUUUUUAUUUUUUACAAUGCUGAAGUGCUGCAAAACUUGAACUAUAUACAUCGAUUUUCUGACCUAUAUUAGUUGGCAUAUUAAAAAGUUUAUAUAUUUAUGCAUUGCAGUAAACUUGGUGUGUAUAUAUAUAUAUAUGUCUUUAGAUUUUAAAUUUAUAUAUAAUGCUUUACCACAGAAAUGUGAACCACUAUUUCCAUCCUUGGCCGGCUUGUGAAAUAAAUCAAGUGCUGUUAGUUAUGUAAAACUUCCCCUUUUUCAAAAAUCUUACAUGGGUCAAUUUUUUUUUCCUCAGACAAAGUGCCAAGAUCCCAUAUGCAAAAGUGAUGAAUGUUCCUAAGUAUCUGUUUCACUUUGAGCUCAGUUUUCUAAGUGGUUUGGAAAACUUCAGAAAAUGUUAUUCAGAAUAUUGCCAGCUGCUAUCUCCUGAGUCCCUGUAGCUUCCCAGUACACUUGAGGGCAUUCAGCAUCCAGAAAAUGUAAGUGAUAAAUGCACAUGAUAAAUCCAAGUAAAUACUCUAGCAGUGUUUUGCAGUUCAAGUUACUGAACCAAAUGUUUACACUUAGAGUAGGAUUAACACUAGGUGUUCUUAGUUAAUUUUUUUUUAAAGAAAAAUAAAACAAAUCUGCUGGUGAUUGGAGCAUGUUGCAAAUGCACUCAGUGAGAUUUGACCAAGAAGUUUAGGCCUCUGUACCUGAACCAGUCGCAAACUGAAUUUCUGAGCACACUGUACUCAUGUCACGUUCCUUGUGGCUGGGAACCAAGUCUCCAAGGAUGUUCUCCAGGGGUUUUGAGUGCGUGCUCAAGCUUUAGGCACUCCUGAGAUGUCAAAACUGGUUUCUUUGGCAUUGCCUAAGGGGAUGGGACCAUUCCCCAUCUGCAUUGUCUGUGGGACUGAUCCAGGAGCUGUUCUAGGCUCUGUGUGUGCAGGAGGGAAGGGAUGUGUCUUCUGUCUGUCCAGCUCUGAUCUGGGAGUGCAUCCCUUGGAUUGUGCAAUAACCAGGUUUGAUUUCCCUCUGAAUUUGGAGCAAGGCUUUGAAGCCAAGGCUCCCCUUUCUGCAGGGAUUGUACCAGUGAUGGUGUAGGGGUGAAGAGGCAGAGCUCACCUCUGGCUUCUCUUUCUCUUUACUGAGGGGUGGUUGAUUUCAGAAGGGGAGGGAGGCUGUGAUGGUACCAGAGGUGCUGAGAGGAGGGAGGUCACCAGUUUGCUGAGUGUUGAAUGUGCAAACAGCUGUAGAUUGAGCUGGGUUCACUGGUAAAUGCCACCACUCAGCUGUCCCUGCUCUCCUGGCACUGUGUACCGCUGCACAUGAUGGCUGAACCACAUGGGAAACAACUCGGGAGUUUUUCCGAGUUGCAGUCCGGGGGUUUUAGGUGGUUUGGCAGCUUAGAAACUUGUUUAAGUUGUCCUUGCUUAGCACAGUGGCCUUAAUUCCUCCCAGCUGAUGAGUUGACACUGACAUUCAUUCAGGUCCUCCACAGGUGACUGUUUGAAUGUGUGUCCUGGCCAGCUGUCUGUGCAGGAUGAGGACUGGCUGGGCCACCUUGAGCUUGAGGCACUUGGGCUGGGCCACUGCAUCUGUUGGCCUUUCCCUAGUGAGGAACUGGACCCACCCCAGCUACUGAAAUGAGAAAAUCACCAAAUGCGGGGUAGGAAUUGCGGAAGAUGGAAUGAGUGGUGGCUUUUUUCUCUCCUUACUCCAUCUCUUCCCACAAUUCCCCCAAGAAAAGUUUCUUCUUCCUUUUUUUCUUGUGCCACAGAUAAUUUUAGAAAAAUGUUGGAAUUGUCAAUUUUAGGGGAAAAGUGGGGGGAAAAGUAUAUGCUACUGUAAGCACACAGCAGUGUCCUUUGUGCUUGUUUUACACUUGUAGCCUUGUGGUGGCUGUGCACAGCAGAGAGAUUACAGAAGCAAAGGUGUAAAGUGCUGUUGCCCUCAUAAAAUAAAUCCCUUGAGUUUCUGAGGGAGGCACAUGCCUGGCCUGGCUCUGUUCCUUACCUGGCCUUGACAGAUGCUCAUAUUCCUAAAGAGUCAGGGUUGGAUUUCAGAUCCUCUCCCUUGCUGGUUUUAUACUUGAAGAGGCAUCCUGAAGUCUUGGGUUUUGCUGUACCAUAGCAAGAUCUGGUUGUCCUUAAAUAUUUUGUCACCUAAUCCUUAAAUUUUUGUUAUUGUGAAAAUGCUGUGUCAGCCCAGCUGCUUCUGGUCAAGUGGAAUUUCUGUAGCUUUGAAGGUACUUCAUCUUUAGAUUGAAGGGAAAUUAAUACAAAAUUACACAAAAGGACAGAGUUGAAUCUGAAAGCAGAAAAAGCUCAAAAUCAGCUCACUGAUAGCUGUGGCAGGCUGUGUCCCUGGUGUUUGACUGCACAGCACGUGCCUGGCACACAGCCUGCCUUCAGGAGCAGAGAUCUUGAUGAAAAUAAGAGGUUUUUAUCAAAGCUACUGAACCGCCUGGCUUAGGAACUCCCCCUCCAGAGCACACCAGGCAGCUUGACUGUUUUGCAAUAUUUCUGGUGCCUGCAUGACUCAGUAAAUGCACAAGUAAAGGACUGAGGGGUCUGGGGAGGUUUUCCCCUGUUUUAACUGCAGUUUCUCUGUUUGUUCCAUAAAUGCUGUGCACAGGCUCUGCUAUCAUGCAUGUGCCAUGCAGAGUGGAGGAUGCAAUAACCAAUCCAAAUUGUUACAAGUGCCAAACUUUUGAGUUCUUCUGUGUAUAACAAUAACUCAACUGUUCUACUAAAAUACAGAUAUGCUUAAAUUCACUGUGUUCCAAAAAAAAGAGCAGUGGUUCUUUUUUUUUUUAAAUGAAUGCUAUUGAAAGCAAUGUAAAUCUACUUUUUUAAUUUAAAUAUUGUUCUGCAGGUUUGUGUUACUCUUCACAGCUGCCUUGCCAUCACACUCCAUGUGAUGCAUAUGGACACUUUGCUCUUUCUUAGAGCACUGGUGCCACGCAAGUGUAUAAUAAAAGGCAGCUGACAACAGGCUUUAGUAUUUAAAAUUAUAACUGUUUAAAUUAAGUGCAAUUUAUUUGCAUUUAUUGACCUGCAGAAUGAAACUGUGCCUUGGGAAAUGUGGCUGUGCCCAGGGACACAGGCAGACUGAGCAUUGUAACUAAGGUGUGGUUUGGUGCCACUCACAGCAAUGCUUUCCAAGGAAUUAUAUUUAAUUUAAUGUUAAAUAGAUCCUUUCUGCCUCUAAUUUAGCACUGAGGAUUUGAGGGUUGUGUUCUCUUUAGCUCUUUGGAGUACUUAAACAGCUACUUCAGGUGGGUAGGAAGGGUGUUAAUUGCAUCCGUGUUUGUAGAAGCUGCUAUUUCCAUCUUCCCAAAGGAGUAUUUCCUUUUCCUGUUCAGGACUGAGUACAGGCCUGUGUUUCAGUCGUCACUGCUGCAGCCUUUUGACAUUUGCUAUUUCUGAUGCUCUUCCUUGUUUUUUCUUGGAGCUGUGUUUCCAAGGCACAUGGUCUGUGACAGAAAAGCACAGGGCAUGGGAAGGUGAGCCAGUAAAAGCCAAAGGCAGUGGGGUUUGGGGGAAACUGCUCAUUUUAGUGGGGGUCACCUCUGUGUGCUCUGAAGUUUAUUAAUAAGUUUGGCAUCGGCUCUCCAUCAUCCCUAUGGGUUUUGGUGUGGGUUUUUUUUCUUUUUUUUUUUCCCUGGGAAAUUCCUUGCUGUAGGAAGGAUUGCAGCCAGGGCUUAAGGUGACACCUCUGACCAGCCAUGCCCAGUGUGACUCUGCAGUCUGACUGCUGCUCUUCUCCAGCAAUCAACUCUCUCAAAUUUUUGAUUAAUAGGUUACCUAAAAGCAUAGACUAAAGCCAUUCAUCUAGAUAAACACCUGCUCAUUAGGAUUAAGGGUAACAAGAGAGUGAAACUAUGAGCUACUACCAACAGGUAAUUAUGUUGAAUAUUUAUUGAUGAUAUAAAAUCUGAAUAAUAUUUUUUAAAUUACUUAUUCUAGGUAGCGGCUUUUUAGUUAUAAAAGUAUUUGCAAUACAUUAAGUACUUACAUAAAAUAGUAUUUGCAGGUUAUUUUAAAUAAUCCAUUGAAAUAUCUUGAAAAGUGAGCUGGAAGAUUGGUGCUUUUCAAUAGAAAAAGGCUAAAUCUUGAUGCCCAGCAGUUUUGCAGGGUUUCUGUGAGCAGAGAACACCUGCCAGAGCACUUCAGGACAUGAAGCUGCUCAAUGCCACUGCCUACCUGUGCCCUUGAAUUUGCAUAAUGGAAUGAGGCUGUUCUGAGCCCUGGUAAAAACUGACGGGUCUGAUUACAAUAAUAGAAAGAAGCAUACCCUAUGUAAUUAGUGUUACUUUAUUGAUAAAAUUGAUUAAAAUUGAUUGAUGAAAUUAAUUGGGUUUUUAAUACUGUGUGUUUUUAAAUGACCACCUUAGGCACUUAUUUAAUUUUUAAAAAAAUUUGUUUGAAUUUCCUCCAUUUCUUUUGAGUUAAUGCUGAGACAACCUCAGUUUUUGUCGAGGGCAAAUUUCCUUUAUCUAUAGUUCUAAACCCUGUCAGAGCCUGACCAACCUCCUGCCACCAGCUGUGCACUUGUUUCACAGGUGUCAUUUCUGUGCAUUCUGUUAUUGGGUUACCACCUCUGCCAAUUUCAGACCAGAAAAAAAAAAUGCCCUGUGGAACAAAUUUGUACCUGAUGAAAGCAAAAGCCAAUUUUGGAAAGUUUAAAUUUCCGUCUUCAAUAGGCAGCGUGCUACAAAACCCUGAUCCUUGGCUGGGCUUAUGGUUCUCUCCUGAAUGACCUCACAUGCAAAAGCUGCAGGUUUUAUUAAUCUACUUUAUUAAUUUACAAAUGAUGGCAGGAAAGCAUAAUCAUCCCUGUCACUUGUUUCACUGUUUUUAUGUCUUAAAAAGCAAAGCCUGCUUAUUUGAGUGAAUAAAGCAGUACACAGGGGUAUCUGCUGAGAUGAUCAAGUUAAACACAGCUGACAUUCUGUAAAGCUCUUGCUAUAGUUUCUUUCUGCAGGGAAGCCAGGGAGUGCCCUCUUCAGAAAUACUUUCAAACCCUUUCAGAGCUGGUCUUAAACUAGUCCAAAGGACUCCUCUGGGUUGCUUAGAGAACAUGAAGUCUGUUCUAGCUUUUGUUUGCUUGGGGAAACACCUGCUAAGUCCAUUUUAAGCUUUUUUUUUUUUUUUUUUUUUUUUUUAAAUCCUUAAUUUCCAAAACCUGAGUGGUUUGCUUCUUGCAACUGAAACAUGUUUGUAUUUAAGGGCCUAAGAAUGCAUUUUGCAAUGCAUGGUGAGUGUUCUGUCCUAUCUUGGUUACAUGAUGUAAAUAGCAAGCUGUGUUCUGGGGGGCUCCUGGGAGCUCCUUUACAGUGCUGAGGGGUGGAGAAGGUUCAGUAGACGAUUCUCCUUACACUGCACCAGUCUUGCUGUGAGUGUCAGAUGGGGCAAGAGGCUGGGUUUGGUACAGAACUCAUGGAAUUGCCACCACUGACUGCCCUCAGUCUUUGGACCCCAAAGCCCAUCAGGGGCAGGUCCUGGGUGUUCCAUGCACCAUGUUUCCUCUGGCCUCGGGUGUUUUCUCUUUUGCUGUUACUAACAGGAUUUUGCUUUCAUUCUCCCUCUGAACACAUGGCCUGUGCCCACGGGCCAGGGAGCACAACUGCUGUGGGUCAGAGGGUGGCCACACCAACUUGCUCUCUGUGGCUUUUGCACAUCUCUGCACAUCAGUGUGUGUGGGGACAGUGCUUAGCACACAAUGAAAUGACUUUUCCUGGAGCUUCUAGAACUGAUGCCAGCAGGUCAGAGAUCACCUGAACACUUGUAAGCAAACCUGCAGGUAGAGCAGGUGUAGCCCAGUCCCUCAUGUGUGUCACUGUGCCUGGAAGUCUGGCGCUUUGUCCUGGGGGGAAAAGCCCCUACUCCCAGCUACCUCAUUUUUUCUUUCUUUGCACUUUGUCAAAUAUUUUUUGUUUUGUUUUAAAUCACAUUUUGUCCUUCAAUUAAAAAAAAACCUAAAAGCAGACAAGAAGCAGGACAGAAUGGUACCAUUGUCCAAGGACAGUUUAAUUUCAUUUUAAAUUAAUGUUUCUGUACAAAAAGACCAAGGUUGACCUGCAGCUGCUGUAAAAAGUAAAUAAAAAUUUCUAUUACUUGAUAAUAACUAUUAUACUUGGAAAUGAGAGUAGCAAUUGAAAGGCUGUCCUGAUGAUUUUUAAAUAGGAAGCGAUCUGUUCAAAAAAAUAGAAGUCUCUGCUCUUUUAAGGACAGAUCAGAUAGUUUUCUCUCUGCCUCUACUCUGCUCUCACUAUUUUGCCUGUGGACUUGAUACAUUAUCUUAAUAGAGAGAUUCACUGAUUUUUCUGUAAUGUCUACUUAGAUAUUUUUCUGUGGAGUUUCCCAUUUAAUCACCUGCAGAGGAAAAACUGUUCAAAUCACUACCUGCCUUCCAUACCUGAACUAAUGUCAUUGACCAUUUCUUUGUGAUCUUCAGGUAUGUGGGAUUUUGCUUAGAUUGAAAAAGUUUUUUAAAAAGUGUCUUUUCUUCUGCUCCUAAAGGUGCUAUUUCGACAUAGUUUUGAAUUCCUUACACUGUGCUUGACUUCUAAAAGUACCAAUAUAAGCUGGUAAUCAGCUUGUGUUUAUUCUGUGGAGUUUUUCUUUGAGUAUUCAAUCUCUAUUUUGAAAAGCAUCCCUUUUCAUAAAGAUGGCUUCCAAACUGUCAAAAGGCCUUAAUAAUGCAAAAUAUAAUGGGAAAAUGCUCCCUUUUCCCUUCUUUGUAAAGGCAAAACCAAGAAAUGCAUCACAGAGGAUAUUUUCCUCUAAAAUUUUGAGGAGCCACUGAUACUAACUUUGAAUUCAAUGUAGCAAACAUUUUAGUGGCCAUGCACAAAUAGCAGGGGUGAAACAAGGAGCUAUUCAUUAACUCUGCAGACUGUACCAAUUAGCUGCUAAUUCCAGAGCCUUCCAUUAGCAUCAUGGUGGCUAUUCCAUAAAUAUUAAUCUUCCCAGGCUUGGUCCCAGGACAUGGCUGUGUGUCUGGGACACGCUGACCCAUGUGGCUGGCAGGUCACUGGGAUGUUGUGCCCAGUGUAGGGUUUGUCUCAGACCCCUCCUGCUCAGCCCCCCAGGGUUUAGUGCUCAGGAGGAGGGAGGAGGGAAGCUCCAAGUGCUGCCAUUGCAGUGACAUCGGCUUGGGCACUCUGAGAAGAGGUUCUUGUAGACACAAGCUCUGGAGGCGAGAGCUGAAUUUUAGUCCUGCAUAGGAACUUUGUUGUUGUCCUUUUUCUGCUGCCUUUAUUUUCGUUUGAUCUGUAUCAUCAGUUUGGUUUAGGCAUUUGGUAACACUGCUACAGGAAGGUUUUUCUUUCUCUGAAGCACAUAAAGUCCUACUCCUGCCCUGUCUGAAGCAGCAGGAUCAAGGGUUGAUGUUUGAAUUUGUCCCAUCUCCAGACAUCAGGUUAUUUAUUGUCUUCUUAUAGGCUCUGCAGUCCCAGUGCUGUAGCAUUUUUCACUCAUAUUAAUGUCAGUGUCCUUUAGCCUUUUGAAAAGAGUCCAGAGACUGCCUUGUCCUUCUCCUCCUUCACACAUUGGGUGCUGCCCUCUGGACCAUCCAAACUCAUCCAGGCUGUCACUGCAGAGGAGCCACUGGUUGGUGGCCUCACAGGAGUAUCUGUGUUACCUGCAGUGCUUCUGAGAAACAGCUGAAAACUGUUGAAAACAGCUGAAAGUGGAGAAACUCUACUGAGCUUGCAAAUUCCUGAUCCUCUCAUUCUAGGGAAGGCUGAGGAGCAGCAUUGUUCCUUGCCUUGCAGCUGCUCCCUGCUGCACAGGUAAGGAUGAGUCCACACUGUCCCUUACGAUAUAAAGAUUGAUGGCCUGUUAUAGGAGAUUUGCUAUUUUGCAUUUAUUGUAUUUAAAUCUGAAACUUCUGGAGCUAUGGAACUGUGGGUUCUGGAACUAUGUCUGCAGUGUGGAACCACAGGUACUGGCCUGAAGAGCCAGGGAGCUUCUGGCCACCUGUUUUUCCACUGCACUUUUUUCUUUUUUUGAGAAACCAGAGAUGUGAAACUGCAUCCCAGUUUGUAUGCCCACUGCUCUAUAAUCCAGAGUGGGACCCUGAUAAGCUGGAAUUGUUUUACCUUCAGAAGGAAAAACUGAAAUGUAUUCACAUUAGAUGCUCUAUCUUCAGAGUUUUCUCUCGGUAAACCAUAUUUAUUGAGUUCCAUGAAUCUUGUGGGAUUGGGUUAAAGAAAUGAAUAUGUAUUAUAAGAAUGAUAACUAGUGUACUUAGUCUGACUAUGUACAGUACAAAUACUCUCUUAUAUCUUAAGAGAAUGAAAAAACGAUUGAAUAAUCCAAUUAUGAUGCCUGUAUUCCAUGAACCAAGUAAUAGGAGGGUGUUGGAAUGUGAUGUUACGUUGCUGCCGCUCUCCUAAAGGUUCAAUGUUCUGUCAAAUCUAAGAUCUUGAUAAUUACCAGGAUAUUGUCAGAAUAUAUUGCCACCUUUUCUACAAAAGGCACAUUGGUGUGGUGAGGUAAAAGUACUCACCUCUUCUUUACCAUCUGUGGCAUGCAGCUGGACAGCAAGGGUUAUCCCCAUCAUGCAGCUGUCGUGCUCUGACUCCUGUGUUACAGAUGUGGUUACUGUUACAGCCUUUCUGUGUGUGUACAUGUUCUGUGGGUCCUUCUGUGCUUUGUGUGGGAAUGGAGUUUUAUCUUUUAUGUGUCCACCUCAAAAUCUUUAGAAAUUAAUUGAUUAAUCACUUGGGGGCAGGGUUUGGAAUGCUCUGAUCGGGGUAUGCUGAGUUACUUCUGUUUAAAACAGGGAAAAAUAAGACAUAAAUGCUCUUUGACCUCAAUCAAACUAUGCAAUACAGCACACCAGAGAGCUGAAUUCCUUGUGAUACAGAAGUGCAGCUCCUGUGUCCUUCCAAACCCAGUCCUUGGUCCAAGGUUAGGAGAGCUUGUACUCAAUGGCUGCCCACGAAUCUCGUAUCCAGAUCAACUCUAGUUCACUGCUUUUGCUCCUGCCCCCUUGCCUGACCCAGCAGUUCCGCCAGGUCAGGUUGCUGGGUGUUUUGGCUCAGAAUGAUGUGAUCUCCGUGUGUGUCCCUCCUGUUGUCCCAUGGUGUUGUCAACUGGAGCUUGUCCUGUAACCCCACCACUGUGGCUUUACCCUCUGGGGCCACUUCAGCAUGUUUGCACCUCCCUGCCCUAGAGCAUGUCAGGUGUUUGGGGUUUGCUGUGCCCUCUGGGUUGGUGUUGUCUUGCUUUCCCUGUGUCAGUCACUUGUGGAUCUGGUGCUUACAGUAAAGAAUCCCUGUGAUGUCUCCAAUCAGUCCAAGUACGUUUUCAUUUCUGCCACUUCUGUGCGAGUUUGGUCUUUUUGCUUCUGUGGCAAUUCAGCGAUAAAUGCCCAUGUGGUCAGGACUUGUGGUAAAGGUUCUUUGUUCUCCCAUUGCUUCAUUUUUCCAAUGAAAUUUAUUCCUUGUGUUCUUCUUCUUCCCCCUGUUAAAAAACGGGUACAGUUUUUCCUGGUUCUGCCUCCCGUGAGGAGCUCUCCUCUCCCAGGUGAUCAUGAAUUCUUCAUUUCCUUAAGCCUGGACCUCAUACAGUUUCUGCCUCCUAAUUCCCUUUACUAUUUUGUCUCUCUUUAAUUGAGAUUGACCUCGAUUUCUUUCUCUGAUUCCAAACAGGGAUUUUGGUGCAUAGCCUGGGAGACAAGCAGGAAAGCUCUCUCUGUGUACAUCCAUUUCCUCCCCAGCACACGCGGUGUAAGGGGCUCAGCCUGUUCCAUUCCCUCCCCCAGGUUUUUCCUAGUGCUAAGCAGACCACAGGCUGAAGCCAUUUCUUAUUUCUUUUGGUAACUGAAAAUAUUAGGAGAUUUUCUUCUUCAGAAAUAGCCACUGCAGAUGAGCAGCUGGCAUGAGUGAGGGUUGUUAUGCUUCCAUAUUCAGUAUUUUUAAUUGAGGAACAAAUAAUUUAUUUUGGGGAAAAAUGUAAAUUUUUUUGUAUUUGUACGUCAAAGUGGCCUUUAUAGGAAAAGCACAUAAAAUAUUUAGAUUAAAAUUGCUUAGUUGUGUAAUUUCAGUGGGGAUUUUUGUAUUGACAGGGUUUCUAUGCAUUUUUCAAAAUAUACUUGCUGGUUUGUGUUAGAAUUAUUGGAAAUCUUUUAAAAAACAUGUAUUACCACAUUUUCCAUGGUUGAUCCCUUUACUAUCAUUCCUUUUGAAUACUAAAAAGAUUUUAAUUAACCCUGUAAAUUAAUUUUCCCCACAAAUAUUUGCAUUAAGUCAAUAUAAUGAGUUAUAGCAUGGGUAUGUAGCUUUAAGAAAAUAAGCCUAGUAGUGCAGCUUAAUUCUGGAGAGGUAUGUUUGCAGAAGGGUGGUACAGCAGCGUUUCAAUUGCACUUAAAACACUAAAUUAGGAAAUUAAGUUUUUGCUGUACCUCACCAGGGUUUUAUUAAACUAUGUCCAUCCUGUAUUGUUUACACUUUAGCAUUAUUUAACUAUGUAUUGUUUGUGCAGUUUGCAGUUCUCUGUUCUGUCAGGAUUAUGUGAACAUUAACAGAUAGGAAAAGUUUUGGAGUGUGUGGUGUCCUCGUGGGUUUGAUGUGAGUUUGGGGAGGGAGGAGAGAGGAAAGUCAGAUCCAUUAGUGCAUUUUUCCAUUUAAUGAUGUACACGUUUUCACAUUAGAUGGGACUGAAUAACUGAAGUUACAAUUGAACUGUGAGUAAAAUCAGUGGUUUGGGGGUGGGGGGAAUUAAGGGGUUGCAGAACUUCAGGCAAAAACCCUUCAGUUGCACUGUGGUACAACUGCCCUGACUGCCUUUGCAAAGCACAGCCCGAGGGGACACAUCAGACCUAUCCAUUUUUCUGGUUUUACUUUCUCUUCUCGAGGUGUUGCUGCAAGGUUUGCUAAGUAGGACCUUCCCAGGAAUGUUUAUCAACUGAGACUUGAGUUUUAUCAUUUUAUGUUUGUAGUUUUAAUUUUUGUUCUUGUUUGUGUUUCAUAGAACAUCCCUCAUGUUCACAGGUUAGUGUAAGUGCAGGCUUUCAGGUGUAGCACCAAAUGAGCGUUUCAUGCAACCAUGCAUUCUGUAAUUGAUGAAAAAUGUGCAAUUCUAAUGGUAUUUUGACCCAUUGCUGAAACACUGGGUUUUGCAAUUGAACAAACUCAAAAAUUGAAAACACUCUGUGUCUUCAUUAGAUGUCUUGAAGAUGAAACAAAAGGCAGUUACUCUAGUUGUACCCAUGAAAUUUGGUAUUUUUUUAAUAGUUUUAUGGUCUAUUUUUAGAAAAACACUAAUUUCUUGGUUUACUUUAGUUGCCAUAAAUUGCCCAGUGCAGAGUCUGGUCCACCUCCAUUUGUUUAUUUUCAUGGAGUAGUUGCACAAAAACUGGUAACAGCAAAGUAGGAAAGCUCUUUGGUUACUCACCAGUAGCUUCCCUUGCAGAAUUGCUUUGUGGCUCACACAUGGUAUGAAAAGGGACACGGGAAUUUUCCUGGAUUCAGUAGCACUCGCUUUGUUUACGUGUUCAGUAGGACAUUGGGUGACUAAAGGGAGGCUCCCUUUUUAAAGUAUUUGACUUGUGCUUUGAGGACUUAGUUGCCACUGUGCAAAUUGUGCUGUAAUAUUGUACCAAGGAUCAGUGAAAGUGUUUUAUCUUUUUUAAUGUCGUUUGUAUUUGACCGGGUUUUAUAAAUGUAAGAAAACAGAGUGUUGUAUUUUGAUCUGAAAUUUGCGUAUGGUAAAAGUAACUUUGCUUUAUGUAUCGGAGGUUUGUUCAGAACUUGAAUCAUUUUAUAGAAGGGUACAGACCAAAAUUAAUUGUCUUAAAGGUGUUUAAUAAAUUAACCAAAUAAAACAUUGAUUGUUUGAAAA